AUCACUGCAAUCUGCGAACGAUUAUGCGAAAACUGUUAGAAGUUAAAACCUUUCCUGACUUUGAUAAACCCCUUCUUUCAAAAAGAACACAUUCUUUCACUAUUUUCUUUGAAAUCUUCAACCAUCAAAGGUAGAGCCUUCAAUAAACAAUCCCCAAAACAAUAUUGUUCAAGACGGGAAACCCUGAAACAUUAUAGUUUUAGUAAAAGCAAGAGCAGAGAAAACAAUGGAUGAAGGCAACAACAAAAGCAUAGCAAACAAUGUGGCCAGAGCCAUUGUUGCUGCUUUUGAUUGGAACUCCACUCCCGAUGCUCGCAAAGCCGCCGUUUCUUACCUUGAAUCCAUUAAAGCAGGAGAUAUACGGGUUUUGGCAAACACAUCAUUCUGUUUAGUGAAAAAAGAUUGGUCUUCAGAGAUUCGCUUGCAUGCAUUUAAAAUGCUACAGCACUUGGUUCGGUUUCGGUGGGAGGAAUUUGGUCCUUUAGAACAUAGAAACUUUGCAAAUGCUACUUUCGAGUUAAUGUCAGAAAUUGCAGACAAUUGUGAAGAAUGGGCUUUGAAAAGUCAAACUGCUGCACUUGUUGCUGAGAUUGUUAGAAGAGAAUUUCUAAAUCUUUGGCAGGAGCUGCUUCCCUCUCUUGUUUCCCUAUCCAGCAAAGGUCCUGUACAAGCUGAAUUGGUCUCCAUGAUGCUGAGAUGGCUACCUGAAGAUAUUACGGUCCACAAUGAAGAUUUGGAAGGUGAUCGGCGUAGGUUACUGUUACGUGGGCUUACUCAAUCUUUGCCAGAAAUUUUGCCACUACUGUACACUUUACUGGAAAGGCAUUUUGGAGCUGCAAUGAAUGAGGUGGGUAGACAACAACUUGAUAUUGCAAAACAGCAUGCAGCUGCUGUAACAGCUACUUUAAAUGCUGUUAAUGCCUAUGCUGAAUGGGCUCCUUUGUCCAAUCUUUCUAAAUAUGGCAUCAUUCACGGGUGCGGUUUUCUACUUUCUUCUCCUGAUUUUCACCUUCAUGCUUGCGAGUUUUUCAAACUUGUCUCUCCAAGAAAGAGACCUGUGGAUGACUCUGCUUCCGACUUCGAUUCCGCAAUGAGUAGCAUCAUUCAAAUCUUGAUGAACGUAUCCCGAGAAUUUUUGGUCAGAUCUAGCCCAGCUGGUGGGGCUAUAGAUGAAAGUGACUACGAGUUUGUGGAAUAUGUAUGUGAAAGUAUGGUGUCUUUGGGUUCCUCAAACUUGCAAUGUAUUGUUGGAGAUAGCACUACAUUCUCACUCUAUUUACAGCAGAUGCUUGGGUUUUUUCAACAUUUUAAGCUAGCUCUUCAUUACAAAUCCCUGCAAUUUUGGUUGGUGCUGUUGAGGGAUGCAAUGUCAAAGCCAAAGCUUUCAGUACAUUCAUCUGGAGAUGGGUUGACUGCUACCAAUGUGGACUCUACUUUGGCUCAGGUUGAUGAAGAAAAGAGAAAGAUUUUAAGUUUUCUGAAUGACGAUAUUUGUAGUACAAUUCUCGAUAUAUCUUUCCAACGCAUGCUUAAGAAAGAAAAGCUCAUGACUGAAACAGCCCUUUCUCCGGGGAUUUUGGAAUUGUGGAGUGAUGAUUUUGAAAGCAAGGGUGAUUUUGGCCAGUACCGUUCUAGGCUGUUUGAGUUAAUCAAGUUUAUUGCGUCAAACAAGCCUCUUGUGGCUGGUGCUAAAGUUUCCGUAAGAAUUAUUAUGAUCAUUAAGAGCCUCUUGAAUUCUCCAAUGCCAGCUCAGGACUUGGCUGUGAUGGAAAGCAUGCAAAUGGCUCUUGAAAAUGUUGUCAUCUCUAUUUUUGACGGAUCAAAUGAGUUUGCCGGGGGUAGUUCAGAAGUUCACCUGGCUUUAUGUAGAAUAUUUGAAGGUUUACUUCGGGAACUUCUUUCUUUGAAUUGGACUGAGCCAGCCCUUGUGGAAGUACUUGGCCACUAUCUAGAAGCAAUGGGUCCUUUCCUCAAGUAUUUUCCUGAUGCAGUUGCCAGUGUCAUCAAUAAGCUUUUUGAGCUCCUAAAUUCACUUCCUUUUAUUGUUAAGGAUCCUUCAACGAGCAGUGCACGACAUGCAAGGUUGCAGAUUUGUACGUCAUUUAUUCGAAUAGCAAAAGCUGCUGAUAAAAGUAUUCUGCCUCAUAUGAAGGGUAUUGCUGAUAUGAUGGCAUGUUUGCAAAGAGAAGGUCGUUUGCUUCGUAGUGAACAUAAUCUUCUUGGUGAAGCAUUUCUUGUCAUGGCUUCUACUGCGGGGAUUCAACAGCAGCAAGAAGUUUUGGCAUGGUUACUCGAACCUUUGAGCCAACAGUGGAUACAGAUAGAGUGGCAAAAUAAUUACUUGUCUGAACCUCUUGGUCUAGUUGGUUUAUGCUCUGAGAGAGCAUUUAUGUGGUCACUUUUCCACACUGUGACAUUCUUCGAGAAAGCACUUAAGAGGAGCGGAACAAGGAAAGGCAAUUCUAACUUACAGAACAGCUCAACAGCAAUUUCUACUCCACAUCCAUUAGCUUCUCAUCUGCCGUGGAUGCUUCCUCCUCUCUUAAAACUGCUUCGUGGUAUACAUUCCCUUUGGUCACCAUCUGUAUUCCAAAUGUUACCCGGAGAAAUCAAAGCGGCAAUGAGCAUGAGUGAUGUGGAACAAUCCAGUCUUCUUGGUGGUGGGAACCCAAAAUUGUCAAAGGGUGCAUUAACUUUUGUAGAUGGAUCUCAGUUUGAUAUGAAUAAGGAAGGAUAUAUCAAACCAAACGAGGCUGACAUACGAAAUUGGCUAAAGGGUAUUCGAGACAGUGGGUACAAUGUAUUGGGCCUAUCUACAACCAUCGGGGAUCCGUUUUUCAAGUGCAUUGACAUUGAUUUUGUUGCUUUAACUCUAAUAGAAAAUAUACGGUCAAUGGAGUUCAGACAUACACGGCUGCUUGUUCAUUCUAUUUUGAUUCCGCUAAUUAAGUCCUGUCCUCUGGACAUGUGGGAGGUAUGGCUUGAAAGGCUACUGCACCCAUUAUUUGUUCAUUGUCAGCAAGCUCUAAGCUGUUCAUGGUCCAGUCUUUUGCACGAAGGCCGAGCAAAUGUCCCCGAUAAUCAUGGGAUUCUCACCGGGUCUGACUUGAAAGUGGAAGUAAUGGAGGAGAAACUGCUUCGAGAUUUAACUCGUGAGAUAUGUUCACUCCUCUCUACUAUAGCAUCAUCUGGAUUAAAUGCCAGCCUUCCUUCGUUAGAACAUGCUGGCCAUGUUGGCCGCGUCGACACAUCUUCUCUGAAAGAUUUGGAUGCAUUUGCUUCGAGCUCUAUGGCCAGUUUCCUUUUAAAGCACAAGAGCCUGGCAAUUCCAGUGUUGCAGAUUUCUUUAGAAGCAUUUUCUUGGACCGACAGUGAAGCAGUGACCAAAGUUUGUGCUUUCUCUGCUGCUGUAGUUCUUCUAGCUAUAUUUACGAAUAAUGUGGAUCUCAGGGAAUAUGUUUCGAGAGAUCUAUUUUCUGCUGUCAUUCAAGGUCUGGCCCUUGAGUCAAAUGCUGUUAUCAGUGCCGAUCUUGUUAGUCUCUGUCGUGACAUAUUCAUAUAUCUAUGUAACAGAGAUCCAGGCCCCAGGAAGAUUUUACUCUCCCUCCCAUGUAUUAGCCCCAAUGACUUACAUGCCUUUGAAGAAGCCUUGACAAAGACGGCUAGUCCGAAAGAACAAAAGCAGCUUAUGAAGAGCUUCCUUUUAUUAGCUACCGGGAACAACUUAAAGGCUCUUGCUGCUCAGAAAUGUGUAAACAUUAUAACAAAUGUCACAGCAAGGCCACGUAGUUCAGUCAAUGCUCCAGAAAAUAGAAUCGAUGAGGGGGAAACUGUAGGAUUGGCAGCUAUUUUGUGAAGGGUUUUGGGUUUUAGUAUUGUACAGAAAGUUUAAGCCAGAAAAAGAAAGGCGAACAUCUUCGACAGACACAGUUAUACAGCGAGGUAUAGUGAAGCUCCAUUUUUGCUAUUUAAUAGAGGUUAUGCAAUCAAUUCAUCCACCGACUCUGUUGUUUCAAAUAGAAGUAUAUGGCAUUGCUCAUAUGAUUCUGCCACCAUUUAUGUCUAAUAUUUCUUACAUCUUUUGGAUGAUUGUAUGUAUGGAGGUGGCAACCUUCGAAUCUGAUAUUCCUUUAUUUAAACUUUCAAUUUUAUUAUUCCAAUCAAAAAUUUCAUUUAAUUUUUAUGUAAA